AAAAAUCUUGGUAAGCUGAGCACGUUUUUUGUAAGAAACUUAAGUAAAUAAAUUAUAGAUUACAGUCUGAUUCCGAAAGUUUGAUAUUGGUGUUGGCGGCGCUCAGAAAUGGAGAAGGCUUUGAAAGAGCAGAAUAACAAUGUUGCCUGUCAAGAGGAAGAAAGCGACAGUACGGUCCCAAGUAAGCGGAAAAAAUAUGGGAAGUCUUCGGUGUGGAACUUUUUUAACAAAUCGGCUGAUGGUAGGACAGCCAAAUGUAUUAAAUGUGGCAAAACGUACCAAACAAGUGGCAAUACGACAAACUUGUCUUGCCACUUGAAAUACAUUCAUCCUAAUUUAACAAUUAGUGAAUUGCCAAAAAUACAACAGCCGUCAGUCCUUUCAUUUAUGGAGAAAAAGUACGAAAAGUCGUCGAACCGAAAACAACAAUUGGACAGUGCCUUGUUCUAUUAUAUUACAUCAGACUUGCGCCCUUUCACAGUGGUGGAAAAUAAAGGCUUCCGCAAUUUUGUAAACCUCCUCGAUCCAAGGUAUGAAUUGCCUUCACGUACGACCUUAAGAAAUGUUUCGAUGGCAAAUGCAUACGAAGAAAAGAAGGCCAGGUUGUACGCCUUUUUACAAGACGUCAAGCACUGUGCAAUCACUUCAGAUUGCCGGACGUCAAGGGCCAACGAGUGCUACGUUACUGUGACGUGCCAUUUUAUAACAGCGGAUUUCGAAUUGCGCAACGCUGUUUUGUCCACAGAAAAGCUCCUCGACGAAAAGAGCCAUUCUUCCGAGAGUAUUGCAAACUCAAUACGCACAGUACUCGAGGAAUGGAGCCUUUUAGGAAAGGUCACCGCUAUGGUCACAGAUAACGCCAAAAACAUGAUAAAAGCAUGUGAGAUACUGCAAAUAAGACAUAUUCCAUGCUUUGCGCAUUCAAUUAAUUUGACUGUCCAGGACUGUUUGGCUUCAGAAAAAAUUAAGCCCAUUCUUGAAAAGUGUAAGCGCAUUGUUACAUUUUUUAAAAGCAGCACAAUUGCGUAUGCCAAGUUUAGAGAGGCCCAGGAAUGCGAACGUCCCCGGUGGAACAGCGCCUAUUAUAUGGUGGAAAGAAUUUUAAACACAAAGGUUGCCAUCGCAAGUGUGCUUUUAAACACGCCCAAAGGGCUAAGGCCCCUAACUUCAGAUGAAAUAUCCAUUCUGGAGGACCUUAAGGAAAUACUGUCACCGUUUGAGCACGCAACGGUGCACACAUCCGCCAGUACUUAUGUCACAGUGUCUUCAGUGAUUCCGGUUAUUUGUGGAAUUUUACACAAUUUAAACUCCACAAAAACCAAACUCCAGACUAAGGUGGGUCGAGAUGUCUGUGAUGACAUACUUCAAGGGGUCAAUACAAGAUUGGUCCCCUAUGAAAAUCGUACGGUAACAAGAAUGACCACGAUUUUAGACCCUCGCUUUAAAAAGGAGGGAUUUUGGAAUCCAUUUAAUUCCUCCCAAGGAGUUAAAUCAUUAGAGGAUGAACUGUCGCGCAUCAAUGCUCAAUCAAAAGCUUCCACAUCAAGCCCGCCAACACCAGAAUCCACAGCAGAGUCUAACACACUAUUCAGUUUUUUACAAACAAACAAUAUUCAAAAAAUCCAAACAGGUCGCGUGGAUUCCAUAUUAGCUUUGAGACAAUAUUUAAAUGGUACUAAUUUGGAGCCUGCACAAAACCCUUUGGAUUAUUGGAAGAUAUCAAAUGACAACGCUUUCAAAACAUGCGUUUUUAAAUACUUCUGCGUUCCGGCCACCUCUACUGACAGCGAGAGGAUGUUCAGUAAGGCCGGGCUUAUUAUCAGCGAAAAGCGAAGCUCGCUUAAGGCUAAAAACGUCAAUAUGUUAUUAUUUUUAAACAAAAAUGACUGGAUUUCUUAAGUUAAGUUAUUUUCUUAUUCUUUUGAGUAGAACUCGAUAUUGUUUUUUAUUUUAAUUUUCAUUGAAUUGUGAUUUAGUUUUUAUUUUGGUUUUUGAAGGAAAGAGAAGAAAUAUAAGCUGAAUAUAUGGAUCUCAAAUAAAGACCUUUUACAAAUUUGA